UUGGACUGCUAUAGUUUGGAGUGAGGUAGCAACCCGACCUUCGGGGUCAGGUAUGUCGGGGAUCGGGGUUUGCAGGGGAAGGCAUGCCGGGGUUCGGGGGUCAGGUUGCUACCCUAGUUUGGAGUUAAAGAGUAAUUGAGCAAUUUCUCUUCUUUUUUCUUUAAAUAUAAAGUGGACGAUGUUCCCUUUUAAUUUAAAAAUACGUUGGUAAAUAAUAAUUUAAUAAUAAUACCUCCUAAAUAAUACGUUGGUGUGCGCUGUGUUUAAGCCUCAUUUUUGUUUUAGGUGGAUUAGAGAUGGCCCGCCAUUUCGAUGUCUUGCAAGUAAAUAAUAUUUAAUUUCUACAUAUUUUUACAUAGAAAAUUCAGUGUCUUGUGACCACCCAACAAAAGUUUUUGACAAUUUGGAGGGUGGACGUAUUUUUCUUGAGGGGCAGAUGGGGGCUUAUGAUUAUUCUGAUUAUAUUAAUCGCGUUCCUGAAGGUCGUUCAAUCUCGUUUCAAUGUGAAAAAGGAAACCUUUUAAUUGGCCCUCCAAAGGCAACCUGUCAAUAUGGAAAGUGGCGUCCAGAUAUAAAACCAAAAUGUGUAUUCCAAAGACAUCCAACAAUUGAGGGACAAAUUUUGUGGAGUAGAGUUAAACGCUCAUUUAAUUUAACUGUUGGGGAAGAAAGGAUUGAAAAAUGUCAACUCCCAACAGAAGAAAAAUUGAAAAAGAAUGGGUGGAAGUUGAUAAUUAAGGAAAGUAAAGAAUUAAUUGUUGUUUGUAAGGCAGGGUUUGAAGUGUUUAAUGAGUUAAAGUCGAGUACUCCUUUGGAACAAAUCAGUCAUUGUGUUAAUGGGCAGUGGACACCUAAAUUAAUUGAAUGCAAACCAAGUAAACUUUGGAUUUUGUGGAGGUUGGGUGUGCUGAAAAUUUUUUUUUUGUUUUUAGUAAAAAAAGGGUUGGGCGGGAUCGGAAUCCCGAUCGGGCGGGAUAUCCCGGUUUUUUUAAUCCCGAUUUUGGCCAAUCCCGAUCCCACAAUCGGGAUCAUUAUUCUAAAAUCCCGAUUCCGAUUUUAUGUCAAAAUCCCGAUACCGCCCAACUCUAGUAUAAAAUAA